UUUCCCCCAAAACAAAACAAACGGGAAUGGCUUUCUCGUCGUACAUUGGCAGCACCCGCCGCGGCGGCUGGGCCAACUCCCUCCUCCCUUCCUCCUCCGCAUCCAACCCCAAAUCCAAGCUCACCAGAAAGCCCCGCAGGCGAUUACCCCUCCGCGACUUCAUCUUCGCAAACUUCUUCGUUAUCGGCAUCUCGAUCUCCCUCUUCUUUUUCCUCAUUGUCUUCCUCCGCUACGGCGUCCCCACACCCCUCUCCUCCCACUUCAAAUCCAAAUCCCCCGCCCGCUUCUCCAAGCCCCGAAAGCCCGUUUCCCGCAAGACCGUCUCGGCCGCCGACGCCGAUGCUGGGGCCACCGUCGACCUCACCACCAAGGACCUGUACGACAAGAUUGACUUCUCGGAUGUGGAGGGCGGGCCGUGGAAGCAGGGGUGGCGGGUGAGCUACAAAGGGGACGAGUGGGACUCUGAGAAAUUGAAGGUGAUCGUGGUGCCCCAUUCGCAUAACGAUCCCGGCUGGAAGCUCACGGUGGAAGAGUACUACGAUGUGCAAUCCAGACAUAUUCUUGACACCAUUGUCGAUACGCUUUCGAAGGAUUCUCGGCGCAAGUUUAUAUGGGAAGAGAUGUCUUAUCUGGAAAGAUGGUGGAGAGACGCCUCUGAUCACAAAAGGGAGUCAUUCACCAAUUUGGUGAAAAAUGGUCAGCUCGAAAUUGUUGGAGGUGGCUGGGUAAUGAACGAUGAGGCUAAUUCACAUUAUUAUGCCAUAAUUGAGCAGAUGACAGAAGGAAAUAUGUGGUUGAACGAAACUGUUGGGGCUAUUCCUAAAAAUGCUUGGGCGAUAGAUCCAUUUGGAUACUCACCUACCAUGGCAUAUCUUCUCCGUCGCAUGGGUUUCGAAAAUAUGCUUAUUCAGAGGACCCAUUAUGAGCUGAAGAAGGAACUUGCACUGCAUAAAAAUUUGGAGUAUAUAUGGCGUCAGAGCUGGGAUGUGGAUGAAACUACCGAUAUUUUUGUCCACAUGAUGCCCUUUUAUUCUUAUGAUAUUCCACAUACUUGUGGGCCAGAGCCUGCUAUUUGUUGUCAGUUUGACUUUGCUCGAAUGCGUGGCUUUGAUUAUGAACUCUGUCCGUGGGGAGACGAUCCAGUAGAGACCAACCAGGGAAAUGUUCAGGAGCGGGCACUUAUUCUACUAGAUCAAUAUAAGAAGAAAUCAACACUGUACAGGACAAAUACACUUCUUAUUCCUCUUGGAGAUGAUUUCCGCUACAUAAGCAUCGAUGAAGCUGAAGCUCAGUUUAGGAACUACCAAAUGUUGUUUGAUUAUAUCAAUUCUAAUCCCAGUUUAAACACAGAGGCCAAGUUUGGAACCCUGGAAGAUUACUUUUGGACCCUUCGUGAGGAGGCUGAAAGAAUAAAUCAUUCACUUCCUGGUGAGAUUGGUUCCUUUCAGGUUGGGGGUUUUCCUUCUUUGUCAGGUGACUUCUUCACUUAUGCUGAUAGGCAACAGGACUAUUGGAGUGGCUAUUAUGUUUCCAGGCCUUUCUUCAAGGCUGUUGAUCGAGUUCUCGAGCAGACAAUUCGUACCACAGAGAUGAUGAUUGCUUUCCUGCUUGGGUACUGCCAGAAACCACAAUGUGAAAAGUUGCCCAUGGGGUUCUCCUACAAGUUGGCUGCUGCUAGGAGGAACUUAGCUCUUUUCCAGCAUCACGAUGGAGUGACUGGUACUGCUAAAGAUCAUGUGGUCCUGGACUAUGGGACUCGGAUGCACACAUCUUUGCAGGACUUGCAGAUUUUCAUGUCUAAAGCUAUUGAAGUACUGCUCGGAAUGCGCCAUGAGAAAAAUGAGAAUAACCCGUCUCAGUUUGAGCCAGAACAGGUGAGAUCUAAAUAUGAUGUUCAGCCUGUUCAUAGAGCAAUCAUGGCCCAUGAAGGAACUAGACGGUCGGUGGUGUUUUUUAAUCCUUUGGAGCAGACAAGAGAAGAGGUUGUGAUGGUUAUUGUUAACCGUCCAGAUGUUACUGUUCUAGACUCAAACUGGACAUGUGUUCAAAGCCAAAUAUCCCCUGAGCUUCAGCAUGAUAAAAGCAAAACUUUUACUGGAAGGCACCGUGUCUACUGGCAGGCUUCUGUUCCUGCAUUGGGGUUGCAAACAUAUUACAUUGCUAAUGGUUUUGUUGGAUGUGAAAAGGCCAAACCAGCAAAACUAAAAUUUUUCUCAAAGUCUGGUUCUUUAUCUUGUCCCACUCCAUAUGCUUGCUCAAAACCAGAUGCUGAUGUUGCUGAAAUCCAGAACAGGAACCAAAUACUCACCUUUGAUGUGAAGCAUGGCUUGCUGCAGAAAAUAAGCUAUAAGAAUGGUUCGCAAAAUGUUGCGGGUGAGGAAAUAGCUAUGUACUCUAGCUCGGGAAGUGGAGCCUACCUAUUUAAACCCAAAGGUGAUGCCCAGCCUAUCAUCGAAGAAGGUGGGCAGUUGGUGAUCUCUGAGGGCCCUUUGGUGCAGGAAGUUUACUCUUAUCCAAGGACUGCAUGGGAGAAGAGCCCCAUUUCUCAUAGCACCCGUAUCUACAAUGGAGAGAAUACUGUACAGGAAUUUCUCAUUGAGAAGGAGUAUCAUGUUGAGCUUCUCGGCCAGGAGUUUGAUGACAAGGAGUUGAUAGUUAGGUAUAAAACAGAUGUUGAUAACAAAAGGAUAUUCUUUUCUGAUUUAAAUGGCUUUCAGAUGAGUCGGAGAGAAACCUAUGAUAAAAUCCCAGUUCAGGGCAAUUAUUACCCUAUGCCCGCUCUUGCAUUCAUGCAGGGCUCCAAUGGUCAGCGCUUUACAGUCCAUUCCCGGCAGUCAUUGGGUGUCGCAAGUCUUAAAAAUGGAUGGUUGGAGAUUAUGCUUGACCGUCGUUUGGUAAGAGAUGAUGGACGAGGUCUUGGACAAGGAGUGAUGGACAACCGUGCUAUGAAUGUAAUCUUCCACAUCGUUGUGGAGUCUAAUAUUUCAGCCACAUCAAACCCAGUUUCCAACCCAUUGCCCUUGAACCCAUCUCUUCUUUCUCACCGUGUCAGUGCUCACCUGAACUAUCCGUUGCAUGCAUUCAUUGACAAGAAGCCAGAGGAGUUAACAGUGCAGCCACCCCCAAGAUCUUUCUCCCCCUUAGCCGCUUCCUUACCAUGUGAUCUGCAUAUUGUAAGUUUUAAGGUUCCCCAACCUCUAAAAUACACUCAACAACCUCUCGGAGAUUCUAGGUUUGCGCUAAUUUUACAGAGACAGAACUGGGACUCUUCAUAUUGUCGGAAGGGCAGAUCAGGGUGCACUAGAUUUGCUGAUGAGACUGUGAAUCUCUUUUACAUGUUCAAAGACCUUGCGGUAUUUAAUGCAAGAGCUACUUCCUUAAAUCUUUUACAUGAGGACAUGGAUAUGCUUGGGUAUACUGAUCAAUUUGGAGAUGUUGCUCAAGACGGACACGUUCUUAUGUCUCCAAUGGAAAUACAGGCUUACAAGCUGGAAUUGCGGCCGCACAAAUGAAUGUACUAGCAGCAGAUUUUCUUACUAUAUUCUCAUGGUUGCUUUUUCAGCAGUGUUCAUGGCUAAACGCUAUAAUGCGUCCUUAUCUCUCCCGUGGAAAUGCAGGCUUACAAGUUCAAGUUACGACCACACGGAUGAAGGUACUGGUGGCUUGGUUUCAUUUCUCCAUUCUCAUGGAUGCUUCUUCAAUGGGGUUAGUAGCAUAUGACAAUGGUUUCUCAUAUCCCACUAUCAACAUGAUCAAAGUGGGAACCAGAUAUAUGCUGCUACUUCAAUACAUGUUGCCAAGUCAGGGCAAAGACAAUUCGUACGAGCAGCGACACAGUCAAAGCAACCAUCCAUGGUUGCCCUUGCGAGCAAGUUGAUUGAUAGACUUGCCCUUGGGAUUCUUUUUGUUGUAAAGCUGCCGCUAACAAUUAUGUAUGAGAUUAGUACUUGUGUGUUCAAAAUGAUAGUGAGGUUAAUGGUGA